CUCUACCAAAGACAAAAGAUAAAACUGGUACAAGGUUCAAACAUCUGUCGAUCCAAGCAGCCAACGACAUCUCAUCUCUGAACCCCAAACACAGAAGACUGAGGUGGCCUGGGGAAACAAAUUCUGAACCGACUGGACGCUGCCAUCGGCAGUCCUUGAGCGAUAGGCGCCCAAACUCGCACAAAGAUUGGCCUUGAAGUAGAAGCAUGGGUGGCACCGACCAUGGGGUUGCUAUUAGGCAUAGGAUCCAUGUCCGAGACACCACAUAGGACCAGCAGACGGUGAGCUUCUGCAACCCCCUUUAACACUGCAGCUGCACUAUCUCACAUAGAGAUCAGUGAGCCACUCAGUCGUCAUUUACUUGCAAUCUUUCAUUACAGCCUGCAGCUCCUUACUUCAACUGACGCAACGCAACUUGCUUCUCUAAAGGUGGCUUCUCAUCUGGUAACCCAAUCCUCGGCAAUUUCAUCCGCACCUCUAUCCGUGUUUUCACGCUGAAUCUAUCAACCCCAUUCGCCUGUUCAGUCCAAGGCCGGGUUUACUUUCGAUGUUGAGAAGCUCAGAGACUCUGGUAUAAAGCAGGAAACGCCUGGUGCAUCGGCAAAGCUUAUUGGUGAGCUUCAUUUGUUUGUCUCUUGUUAGCCCCUGACUUGAGCCGCAAGCGCGACAAGAUGGCAAAUAGCUCUACUUAACCUGAGACUAUCUUGUUCUCAACCCACCGGUUGCCAUUUACUGCAGUAGCUGGCGUUUGCUGCCAGGUCAUGGCAAGAUGAACAAAAAGAAAGAGUGCUGAUUGGCAUCAAGUUGUUGGCAUACUGGUAUGUGACAAUAUGCCCUUAUUUGGAAGUAACAUGUUACUUGCAAAUUCAGCCAACUUUGCUUUUGUUUGAUUCUAGAAUUGGCCAACUUCCAAUCGUCGGUUUUAUUUGUCCUCCACUCACUUUACAGGGGGCCCAGAUAACUCGACAGGCAACAGUGGGAAGUCCAACGAUGGGAGGUAGAACAAACAGAGUGUAGCUGGCAAUUUGGCGAGAAUUGUAACACGCCGAUGAGAUAGAGUAGCACGGGACUAGGUAUUGAAGUUUGGAAAAAAGAAAGAGGUUGUCGUCGGGUCACGUGCUCUGUGCCACAACUCAAUUACAGCCACAGAUACAGAGUACAGCCUCCUCCAAAAGCGGGUUAUAGCUCUGCAGCGAAGCGCGGCUACCUCACCUCACAGAUCGCGAUUUCUUCAGUCGCGGAAUUGAAGUGCAGCCGUCGCUUGUUCUCGAAUACCAUAAUUUUACAGCCAUUUACAAAAUAGUUCAACGUAGACUAGCACACGUUAGUCAGAGCAUCAAAAAUGCCCCCUGCUCUUAGUGACGAGGAAUCCUCCGACGUUGGGGAGUUCACCACACCUCCUCGCGCGAGCAGCCGCAAGAAGUCCACCUCGGCUGCUGCGGUCGAUGAGCUCGACGAUAUGAAAGCGGGACCGGCUUCCGACGAGGAGGAAGGCGACGAAGAUGAAGACUUGGAUGAGGAUGAGUUUGUUGUGGAAGCCAUCAAAAAGCACAUGGUCUACGACGACGGAAGUCUACAAUUCCAAGUCAAGUGGGAAGGCUACGAGGCCAAGAAAGACUUAACGUGGGAGCCUGAGGAGAAUCUUAGAGAGUCUGCCCAGGAGAUCCUCGACGCCUACUUCGAAAAAUUCGGCGGACGCGAGAAACUAUUUGAAGAGCAUGAGACAGCAUCAAAAACGAAGAAGCGCCGCCGCGCCACCACCAAUGGUACACCCAGCACAACGUCUACAACGAAGCGAUCACGACGUGAGCACCCGGCCAACUCUGCAACUCCGGCGACAGCGAAGAGUUGGAGUCCUCCAGCAGGGUCCUGGGAGGAGGAGAUCGAGACCAUUGAUGCAUGCGAGGAUGAAGGCAGUGGCAAGUUGAUCGUUUAUCUUAUUUGGAAGAACGGCCGCAAGACCAAGCACGACACCGACGUUAUUUACAAGAAAUGCCCACAAAAGAUGCUCCGCUUCUACGAGCGCCAUGUCAAGAUCAUUAGAGAUGAGAACAAGGCUCUUGUCGAUGGUGCCGAGACCUAGCGAGACUUGAACAAGAAGGACGGGGGAAUUGGGGCGAGACGCAGCCAUAUAAGGUAUCGAUUUUUUACGGAUCCUCGACGUGGCUGUGGAUGGAACGGCGUUAUGGGCGAUAGCCAUUAAGUCGCGGAUGGGCUUCUAUUUUUUGAUAUGUGACUUUUCAUGCGUCUUGACACGGAAUGGGAACGGAAUACUGGUAUUCAGACAAGGCUUCACAACAUAUCACAUCAUGGAGAAACACGGCGCACGGAGCAUGUGUAUUUGAAGCGUGUAUUUUUAUUAGAGAACGUGUUGGUUACGCAAUUUAGUCACAACGGAUUAAUUGCAAGCAUUGUGCAGGCAUUCAUUCAUCUGAAGAUGUCAGACUCGUGCCUUGCAUUCCGUGGAAGUGCGGCACAUCAGGCAGUGUCACUUCAUGAUCCUUGGCCU